GAGACAGAGCUCAGUAAGCCUUACACAACACACACAGGCUCCAUUAUGACAGCGUGAGAGCAAACUUAGCGUGAAGCAUUGCAAUUCCAGGCUUUAAGGCAACAAAAUAUGCAAAUAAUGCAAGGGUUGUGUAUACUAUCUACAGGCACCUUAAACAUGUACCAGUUCUGCUGGGUGCCAUUUUGUGCCCUGUUUAGGUUCUAUUCCUCGUGCAUGCUGCUGGGACUAGAGUUUCUGCACCAGAACAAGAUAGUUUACCGGGAUCUGAAGCUAGACAGCCUGUUGAUGGAAGCAGAUGGCUAUGUGAGGAUAGCAGACUUUGGAUUGUGCAAGAAAGGUAUGGGUCACGGAGAUCUCACCUCCACAUUUUGUGGCACACCAGAGUUCCUGGCCCCAGAGGUGCUGACGGACAACAACUACACCCGCUGUGUGGACUGGCGGGGCCUGGGUGUCCUCAUCUACGAGAUGCUGGUGGGAGAGUCUCCCUUCCCUGGUGACGAUGAGGAGGAGGUGUUUGACAGCAUAGUAAAUGAUGAAGUGCGCUAUCCGAAGUUCCUGUCCCCAGAGUCUGUCUCCAUCAUCCAAAAGCUACUACAGAAAAACCCUGAAAGGAGGCUGGGAUCAGGAGACUGGACCCAACGAGGUCAAGAAACACAGCUUCUUCCAGGGACUGGAAGGCUUUGCUUCACAAAAACGUGGUACCCCCGUUCUUCCCACGGAUCAGUAACUUUGACGAGGAGUUCACAAAGCUCAAGCCAGUCCUCACCCCCCCACAGACACCCUACUUCCUCACUGCCAACCAACAGAUCUCUGCCGACUGACUUAUCCUCGCUGCCCUGACCUUAAACAUGAGUAUACAAUGACGGCCAGAUAGACGAACGGACGGACAGGAUUAAAAUCCAAAAUGGUUGCUGCUCCACUGAAGCUGGUUCCUUUCCUUCACUGUGGCAAACAGCUACCUGUUGGCUGGAUAAGUACUGACCAGAUAGGCCACUGUGACGUCCUCUUGGGCAUGUCAUCUCUCCUCUGGGCCAUUAAUGUUCUGUGGGUGAUGAUGAGCACUCCACCUGAACCUCUACAGCCUAUCAGAACUCGGAGCUCGGCCUGCCGAUGAUGAGACCCCAGUCAGUUACACUGAGCUGUAGAAAGGGGACUCCUCAUCCAUGGGAGUGUCAGCCACUCUAUAAACGGUCUUCUGUUUCUCUCUGCCUUGUUCAAAUCUGUAUUUGUAUGUCAGUGUCUGUAUUUGUAUGUUGGUGGUCAAUAUUGACUAUUUUACUUUUGUCUUGUUUUUGUGUAUUUGUCAACUCCAUAUUGAUAGUAUAUCAACUAACAUUGAUAUUGCCAAAUUAAUACUUGACAUGCCACUGUUUUGUUACUGUGACAACACGAAUUAGGUCAUUUGCUGCACUUUCUUAUUCAUUUGUGAAACUAAGAGUGCUUUGAAACUAAGACGUAGGACGUAGACGGCGGACGUAAAGGUAAUGGCGGACUGAGCGAAGUUAUGUAGAGCACCUCAAGAUAAAACAUAAUAUUCGAAAUAUCUGCUAAAUUAGACUAAAAUAUUAGCACUAAAUAAUCUGGUGGGGGAUAACCUUCAAUCUGGAUAAUAACACAAAACAAAUCCUAAGACUAGAGACAUUUAUCGACAAAUAUUACGAAAACAAGCAACACCCAAACAUGACGGAGAAUAAGACAGGGGAACCGAAUCAAAAACGAAAACGUGACUCCUCAACCGACACGGAUGAUCUAAUAUUCUCAACACCAGCAAUGGUAAAGGUCGAAACCGAUCUGUUAAAAUCAAUAAAUGACAAACUGGGUAUACUUGAAUUAGUUAGUAAAGAUAUAAAAGACUUGAAGGCAAGCCUAGAGAUGAGUGAUGAAAAAGCUGCGACAUUGGAGAAGGAAACACACGUGCUAAAAGUGACGGUCAAUAAGAUUGAAACCGAAAUGAAUGAAUUUAAAAAGGAGAACAACGUUCUGAAAGAAUGCUUACUGGACAUACAAACUAGAUCCAUGAGAGAGAAUUUGGUACUUACAGGUAUCCAAGAGAAAGAAGGAGAGGUUCCUGAAUCUGUAGUUAGGAGAGUUCCUUUUUGCAGCGCUUCAGAUUCCACGCGAAGUUAUCGAUAAGAUCCAACUUGAACGUGUACACCGCCUCGGACAGAGAGGGCAGAGGUACGAACGCCCAAUCGUUGCCAAAUGUGCUUAAUUUAAAGAUAAAAUAAUGGUUAAAAGCCUGGGUAAAAGACUUGCUGGGACCAAAAUUGGCAUGAAUGAUCAGUUUCCGAAAGAAAUUGCAGAACGUUCUGUAUCCAAGUUCUGUAUCCAAUUUUCAAAGAAAAUAGAUUAAAAGCGAAACGAGUAGCUCUCGUCGUGGAUAAACUAUAUAUUGAUAACCAGUUGUUCAGAGACACAAAGAUUACUCCAUGGUUAUUUUAAAAAUUACAAAGUUCUCAUAGAUGAGGAAAAUAAACACAAUUCAAGCCCGGUUACUGAUUGUAACAAUACAAUACAAAAUAUAGCUUUUCUAUAAAUCUUCACAUAUAACUAAUUGAACACAAGCACUAUUUCUACAUAGUGAAGAUAAAAACUAAGUAAACAGAAGGCACAGUAUGUGUGGAUGGUGUGGUGUGUGUUUAUUUUUAUUUGUUAUGUUUGGAAAGUUGAGUGAGUGAGUAAUGAAAUAGUUGCAUAUCCCAGAGCCAGUGUAUUGCUGUGGGCCGGGUAUGAGAGGGCUUUCAAUGUUGUUCAAAUGAUGGAUAUACUUUUAUAAUGAAUUAUACGUCUUAUUUAUUUAUUGUCCUAUCAUGGGGAACUACAUUUUUAAAAUAAAUUAUAUCUAAUUAUUUAUUAUCCUAUUUU